AAGUAAAUUGCCUACUGGUGGCGGAAGACUCACCUGGGGACAUAUUGGUUUCAGCUGCGACAAAAGCCGCUCUUACUUUUCGUCGAGCAGAAAGACAAAAACAAAAGAAAAAACAACAUGGCUCGGCUGUUUCUUUUGGCUUCUCUCUGUCUUUUUGGUUCAGGUUUGGUUCUCGGUGAGGACACAUGCGUGUUCACCCACCUGAACCGGAGUUUGAACCCAAAGUCCUUGGACGCAGGAGCGAACUAUUCCGGUCAGCUGGUCGGCUUUGACAACGAGCUUCAAUGCCGAGAUCUUUGCUGUAGUAGAGAAGAUUGCCACCUGGCUUUGAUUCAGAAACUGGGUGAUGGUUUUCCACAAUGCUUCCUCGUCAACUGUAUGAAAAACGGGGAAAAUGUGUGUGUUUUGGAAGAAAGUGACAACUCCAAAGCCUUCCUCAAGACUCUCACCAAGACAGAAGGUUAUUGUCGUGCCGGAAAAGAAGUCGGUCUUUGCCGGGCGUCCAUGCCCCGUUUCUACUACGAUGUCACUGACCAGACCUGUAAAAGGUUUGUGUAUGGGGGAUGUGGAGGAAACCAGAACAACUUCAAAACACAGGAGGAGUGCCUGAAUGCUUGUAAUGGUGUGAAAGCAUCUCCAGCAAUAUCUACAACUGAAGCUCCUCUACCUGAAAUGACGACAGAUGAUUUUGCAGCAAAGUGCAAGGCAGAAGCAGAAGUAGGGCACUGCAGGGCUUCUCUGCCACGCUACUACUACACAAAUGGCGAGUGUAAACGUUUCAGAUAUGGUGGAUGCGGUGGCAAUCAGAACAACUAUCUCACUGAGGAGGAGUGCCUGAAAACCUGCACAGUAAAAGUUGUGGAUUCUGGGAACACACCCGAUUCUGACAGUUACCAAGCUGCCUGCGUUGUGCCUGCUGAGCCUGGGCUGUGCCGUGCUUCUUUCCUCAUGUACUACUUUGACCCGAGUACUCAGUCCUGUCAGAGUUUCAUCUAUGGAGGCUGCAAAGGCAACAAGAACCGUUACAGCACUCUGGAGGAAUGCAUGUCUAAUUGUGCAGGGAGGGCUGGGGGAUUUGAUGAGCAUGGGGCUCACCACAGGGCUCGCUGGACUCCAGCCUUUUUCCUGGUCGCCACUCUGGCCAUCAUGUCAGUCGUGUUGCUUUUCGGGUUGCUCCUGAUCUCAAUUCGCCGCGUGAAGCAUCAGCGCCUCCUUUUACUGGAUGACAAGCAAGAGCUGCUACCGGAGGAGUGUCUUCCUGAAGAAGAGGAAUGUCCCCAUUUCUCCAAAUAAAUCUUUUUCUUCUCUCUGUGACUGUGCACAAAUAUAUAUCUACACUCCAAUUUAGUCACACAGCCUAUAACUUGCUGUACAUUUGGGUUCAGGAAAGCUUAGAGAAGCAAAUAUUAGACCCAUUGGGUAUAAGUAUGUGGCAAAAAAGUCCUGUAUAAACAAAACACUGUCAUGCCAGCUUUAAAAUUAACCUUAAUGUAGCAUUCUAGUGAAAUGAACUUGGCUGUUCUUUUUAGUCAUGGGGAAAAAUGAUGGUAACAGCCUUUUCUCUUUUUCCAUUUUACACUAUAAAAAUAAAGCAAUGAGCAAAUGAAUUUAAUAGUUCUCAGCUUCAGCAUACGGGCAGAUUAUUAAAAGGUUAAUUAGUGCAUUAUCUUUAAGAUACUGAUGUGUAUGCUUUAACAUAUGAAGGGAUUUUUUUUUUUAUUCUGUCUGUUGAUAGAGCAAUCAUUUUGGGUGAUUACAUGUGACAUCCUUCAUGUUUUUUCUUUUUGUUUUUUUACAGUAAGUGCCUUCAUUUUAAAUAAAGUAAAUUUUGUUGGGACAGAAUUGUUUAUUGAUGACUUUGAAACAUAUCGUGAUUUGUUCAAUAUUUGAUUAAACUUAGGAAGGUUUCUUAUAUAGAACAUCUCAAACAUGAGUUUGUUUGUACACUCCACAUAUGUUUCAGUUUUCUUUUGUGAAAGUAAGAAAACAUUUUCAUAUAUUUAAUGUGUUUCUCACACAAUUUGAGGUGUACUACAACAGCUGAACUUCAGUAUAUGUCUGAAUCUGUCUUUAUAUAAUCAAUAUUAAUCUUGGUACAUGACUGAUAUGAUUUUCAUUUGUGUGUGUGUGUGUGUGUGUAUGUAUGUAUGUGUGUGUGUGUAUAUAUAUAUAUAUAUAUAUAUAUAUAUAUAUAUAUAUAUAUAUAUAUAUAUAUAUAUAUAUAUAAAUUACAUAAUUUUUUUUUCUAGACACACCAAUCUUUUUAAGCCUGAAGAAAACUACUAAUAAUGUAAUGUUAUUUUCAGCUCUGUUUUACUAGGAAUAUUUCAUCAUCUCUCUGGAAGAGGAACUGUUUGAAAUCAGCUGUCUAAUAAUAAAAACAUUUGACUUUAAAA